AUGGAGAAUUCUAUAUCGAACUCGACGCAGCUCACGAAGAUCAAAGGGGCCCUGUCAUCCGUCAGCUUUGGCGGCAAUUUGAUUGAAGUUGCCGCCCUAACAUCGUUGAUCGGGUCAACCGCCGCAGAAUCGCUUGCACUGGGCGACAAAGGACCUGCUGGCCUAGUAUGGGCAAUGAUGACUGUUUUCGGGGCCAUCCCGGUGGUGCGACUAUUCAUCGCGACUACAACUCCGGGCUGGCUCCGCGAAAGUAUGGGCGUUAGCAAUGCCAAGUCAGAUGCUGUGGUAGGGUUGUUCCAGAACACCGAUGCAGCUUUCAGGUUUCAAGAUCGCAAAGAGCCUGCAACAGCCGUUGAGUGUGAAAUGAGGAAUGCUAGAACUGCGGACAUGAAAGAUUCCCCGAUGGACUCCAAACGUCGAUUCGUAUAUGUGUUUAACCAGCGCACGAUCCAUAUUUUGAACUGUAUCCCUUUCAGCCUCCCUGGUGACGAUCUGAAAGUUUACUCUUUUGUCGAGGACCCAUGGCGGGAUAAGAGAUAUGCUUCGUGGUAUACUUAUCUCGACUGGGGUCUUCUUGCUCUCUCAGCGGUGGGAAAGCUAGGGGAGUUUACCCUCCUCUGGAGGUCUGAUGCUCAUAUGCUGGCUUGGGUGAGUCUCUCUACUUGGUCAUUCUUCUUCUCCGCUGCCCUCAUCUUGCGGCUUCAUAGUCUAUGGGGAUCUUCCCGAAAGUCGGAGGUGGACAUAAUUACUGGUACUCUCCCAACAUGCUCUUCACCGGGAGGAGAUCGCAAGAUUCUGCUUGGGAUACCCAAGAGUGUGCGUGUUCAUGUUCUUUGGAGAAUUAUCUGGGGCUUUGGUGUUUUUGUCGGCAUCGCUACUGUUGGCACUACAUACUUCGCGCUUAGUCAGUAUACCAGCAACGAGGCCUUCUUGAUCUGGGUUGCAUUCCAGGCCCUAUGGCUCAGUACACGGUCUGCGCUUUACUACUUUCUUAGCAACCGAGAAGGUCAGUAUCAUGUUGGCCUAGAAGGCAAGCCUUGGGGCAAGGUGGAUGUGCAAGACAGAGCCAGGAUACGUCAUCUUGUUUACACACUAUCAAAAUACCAAAUACAACUUCACCCUCGAUCGCCACUUAGUUAUGAAGACGACAUUCUUAUGCCGGAGAGGGUGGAAAAUCUUCAAUCAGUAUACCCUGCAUCUCCUGGAGAUAAGAACGUUAGUCUCUCAAUUUGCGGCGUUAUCCCCGAUACCGUUCUUUCAAGUGCAUCGUGGGUAUUUGGAUGCAAGGAAGGUGGAUUCGAUUUUUAUGACACUUGUAUCAUCGUCCUUAAUACUCCCACAGGCGUCAUCUCUAUACCUGCCGCCCGGGCACUUUCUACACGCCCGCUCAAUGCGAUACCUGAGAUUGAUUCGGAAGAAGGCGUUGACUUGAUUCAUUUACCUCGUGGUGGCUCACUACCUCAAGGCAGUGUAGCGCUUAAAGACAAUGGCAUUGAAGUGAAGUGGUGCUACUGGAUUCCAUGCUCUGAGGGACGCUGGCUGUACUUUACAACUGAACAGACAAAAAAUCGUGGAUCCAAGGAUGCGGCCAUCCUGUCAGAUUUGGAGGUCACUGAUUUACUAAACAACGGGAGGGUAAUCAAUAUCAGCUUGAAGCACGUUGAUGAAGUAAAGGAAAUUUUGCACUAUUCGACGUUGGCUUGUGGGUAUCUUCUGAAUUUGCUGAGAUAA